AUGAAGUCUUUAUUGUGUUUAUUUAUAAUUGCUAUUGUAGUGUUUGUGGAAUGUAAUCAUACGUUUAUGGGUACAAAUGUCUAUCGGCCAUUAAUAUUCCACAAGAACGUCAAGUAUUCUUCGAAUUUGUGGAGGAAACGUGUGGAAAACUUUACAUAUACGGUACCGCCGUAUUCCUACAUACGCACAAUUCAGGGCAUACUAGCAUACGAUCUGACAAACACGAGCGCAAGCGCGAAUGUCACUCAGGGCGGGAUUGGAUAUCCCUUCGUCACAUUGCGAAUGAAGAGCGAAAGCAACAAGGAAAUAAAUUACGACAUCUACAUUUACGGAUAG